UGGGUAAUUCACCAUCUGAGAUUUAUCUUGGCUCUAUCGAGUUCCUCCGUCCGCUGCAAUGGCGUUUGCUGGAACUAAGGACAAUGGGGUUCCGUCUGCUGGCGUGUUUGACGAGAACAAGAAGAUUGAAGUUAAGGCCAUCAAAGCUGCUGGGCGUGUGAUUACACAGAACCAGACGACUGUGGCAAGAAGAAGAGCUCUUGGUGAUAUUGGCAACCUUGUGCGAGCUAUCCAGCAGGGGCAGCAGGGGAAAGGCAACCUCCAGCAGGGCCAGCAGGGGAAGGAAGCUGAAUUGCGUGACGAGCUUCCAAGUGGAGAGAGUGCAAGCGACAAGCCGUCUGUCCAAUCGAAGCCCAUUCCGAUUCCACAGCCUACCACGGCUGCGCAUCUUCCUCCGGUUCGGCAGUGGGGAAUGACCAGGCCACGAAGCUAUGGGUCUAAGCAGCUGUCGUGCCAGGGGGCUGUAGCGCCUCGCCUAUCGAGGCUCUCUCGUACGUCAGCAGCUGUCGUGCAGGAGAAGGGAGAGCUGAGCAUGACAAGCUUGCUCACUGCCCGGAGUGAGGAGGCGUGUGGAGGAUUCCACGACAUAGAGGAGGGAGAGACGGCGACAGAUAUCGACUCCAAUGACAAGGGUGACAUCAGGCAUGUUGUCGACUACGUGGAAGACAUCUACAGCUUCUACAGGAAAGCAGAGAUACACAGCACUGUGGCAGCAGACUACAUGACAAGUCAGGACGACAUUAAUGAGAAGAUGAGGGCAAUUCUUCUCGACUGGCUUGUGGAGGUUCACUUUAAGUUCAAGCUUCUCCCGGAGACGCUUUACCUGACGGCCAACCUCAUCGACAGGUACCUUGCAAAGAAGCCUACAGAGAGGAAGAACUUGCAGCUCGUCGGCAUUACUGCUAUGCUGAUAGCCUCCAAAUAUGAGGAAAUCUGGGCGCCUGAAGUCCGCGAUUUCGUAUAUAUAUCAGAUAAAGCAUACACUAAGGCCGCUAUCCUCGACAUGGAGAAGAAGAUGCUCAACACGCUCAACUUCAAUUUAACAGUGCCGACGCCAUAUGUGUUCAUGGUGCGGUUCCUCAAGGCAGCUGAAGCCGAUAAAAAGCUGGAGCACCUGGCGUUCUUCUUGGUUGAGCUGGCGCUUGUGGAGUACAGCAUGGUGAGAUUCCUUCCAUCACAGCUUGCUGCAGCUGCAGUGUAUACUGCAAUGCGUAUUCUCGGACUGCUGUCUGCUGGAUGGACCCCGACUUUGAGGCGGCACAGUGGCUACACGGAAGAAGCAUUGAAGCCCUGUGCAUCACUAAUGGCCCGUUUCCACAAAAACGCGUCAUCAACUACGCUGGUUGCUGUCCACAAGAAGUACUCUGGGCCCAAGUUCUCCGAAGUAGCGAAGAUUAGCCCCUGCCUUGAGCUGAUUGAUACUCCACGUGCGGUCUUUUGAACGAGCUAGCGCUUCCAGGAUCUAGGCAAAUCUCUGCUAUCAGAGAGAGAGAGAGAGAGAGAGAGAGAGAGAGAGAGAGAGAGAGAGAGAGAGAGAGAGAGAGAGAGAGAGAGAGAGAGAGAGAGAGAGGGAUUGGAUUUAUUACUUCUUGUUUAGGGUAGAGGAAGGGUAAAGGAAUCCACUGUGCCUCGAUGCUUGCUACUGGCCUACAUUCUGGGCCAGAAAGUGUUUGGUAGUGACUGAGUAAUUAUUUUGUUGAUGUUGAAUUCCUUUAUUGUAAAGAUGAUUCUCUGGGAAGAGCAACGAAGCUGGUGAAGAGGAACGACCAUUAGUUAGUUGUUUAGGCCGAAAUUCAUUUGGAUCUGGAUGGGGUGUUUGGAACGUGUAACUGGUUCAGGCUGGAUUGUACAUUUUCCUGAAUAGGGAGGCAAGUGGCUACCAUAGAGAAGAACAUAUUACUAUCUGUUCAAUCAUUUGUACCCAGUCGCGCAGGUUGCAUUGGGUGGCCGGAGGGCGGGUGGUGGAUACCAAGUCACAUCAUAACCAGGUCGUACGCAUUUCGUUAUAUUAUUGGCACUAUCUCGUUAGCGAUGUGUCCAAGCAGCAAGGGAACGGGACAGCUGCAUUGUGGGAGAUGCAGGAAGUCCACAUUGUAAUCGGAUGGGCUGCAAACACGUGGUCGCUUUUCACAACCAUGUGCAUAUUUAAAUUCAUUUAGAAAGGCGGCCAUUGGAAGGCGUGACAGUUCUGUGGAAGUGCUCUUGGGGAAGCACUACGGUGCUAUCUAUUUUUUAGAUCACCGGGUUGAUGCUUUGAAAACAAACCCGAUUGGAACAG